CGUGCCGCCCCUUUCCAUUGGCCCCCACAAGCACCUGCUUCCUUUGUUGGUGCCUGGAGCCGGCCCUGGCUAUUUGGGAGAGUGGAAGGUUGCUGACUGCAGGGGUCAGAGAGAAACUCUAAGACUGGAAAAGAAGCCAGGAGCUGUGAGGGGGACCCUGGACCCACUAGACGACUCUCACCAAAUCCCCCAAACCACUCAGGAAUGGUGAGGAAAUUGAGACAAGGAAGGGCGUGUAGGUGUGUCAUGCUCUGGAUCUGUAUAUCUCUUCUGCAAGGGAAAGAAAAGGGUGAUUGCAUUGGAAAUAUUUGUAAAGCCGUUGUCUGUUUGCUUCAGCUACCACAUGUCCCAGAGUGCCACAGGGCUGGAGCUCUGGAAAAGGAAAUGUGCACGUAGCUGGGAGAUGGUGCUAAUCUCAGAGGCUACGCAGUUGGACUGCAAGGUCUCAGUACUCAGAAGGGGGUGCUGGAAGGAAGAUCUGCACCUGAGAGUGUGCCUGGAGACACACAGGCAGAGGCAGGGCCUGGGCCCCGGAAGCUGAGAGAACACAAGUCCAUUGUGAUGGGUCCCAAACACUGCAGCCUGCUGAGCGUCCAGCCGCGGAGUUUCAUCAGGUAUCUGACAAGUCAUCAUGAGUCUGUGGAAAAGAGCUCUUGUCAAACUAACAGCAUAUCUUUUUUUGACAAGAUCAUAAGCUGAGCAGGGAGCUUGGGUGCUCACGUGGACUGGGGAAGAGGACGCAGGGAGAUGGGAGCAGUGGUCUGGAGGGUUGAGAAGAGGAAGGGGGAGCAGGGUUAAUGGUGGGUUCCUCAAAAGAGACAAAAUACUGUUGAUGGGUCGCCUUAAUAAAAGGCUUGGAAACCACUGAUCUAGCAGAUAAAGGUCUCACAUGAGUCAGUGUCCGGAAGCUGAAGCUAGAUACAUUUUGAACCGCGAGGAUAAUUAACUCUUGGAACAGCUCCCCAGACGAUUCUCCAUCACUGGCCAUUUUUAAAUCAAGGGAUCAGAUGUUUUUCUAAUAGAUCUGCUCUAGUUCAACCACAGCUAGUGGAUGUGAAACAGGAAUUAAUUCAGGCAAGUUCUAUGGCCUGUAUUAUACAGGCGCACAAACUAGAUGAUUAUGAAGACGUGGAAAAGGCCCACAGGCCUGGCCUAAGCACUCGUGACAAGGAAUCAGGCCGAGAAUUUGUUUUCAAUACUAGCAGGAGAAAGGAAGUUCCCAGCAUAACAAAGGGGUCGAUCGCUCAGCAGGUGGUGAUGGACAGACCCUUGUCACUGACACCCAGGUAUGGACUGGUCCAGUAGGAAGGACGGCCUAGUGGAUAGAUCUCUGAACUCAGGACCCUGACGUUCGAUCUCUGUCUCAGAGACAGGCUUCCUGUGUCACCUUGGACAGGUCAGGCAGUCUCCCUGGGCCUCCAUUCCCAUCGGUACCAUGGAGCUAACAGCCCUGCCCUGGCGCCCAGGGCGUGGGGCGGGUAAUGUCGCUUGAUGCUGCGAGGGGCUCGAGUACUACGGUGACGGGAGGGCGUAAGUACCCAGCUAUCCCAGACAGACCUUGGCCACAGCCUGUGAGGCUAUGGAUAGAGAGGAAAGCAAAGGAAGGCUGGGCUGGGGCUAGCGUGAUGGUGGGAGUGGAGCCCCGGCCCGGCCCACCUGUUCAGUGAGAGAGAGAGGCCCAGGCUGUGCCUGCAGAGGGGUUCAAUGUGCCCCCCAGGAGGGGGUUUCAGGGCCUCUCCCCAACCUGUCAGUGUCCCAUAUCCCAUUGACCCUCCCCAGGGGAGGCCCUUGCUCCCACACCGAGGCCCGUGGCCCAGCGUGUGCCAAGUCCGGCCUGGCUAUUGCAAUGUGAAGGCGGCAGGGAGGGGUUUCUGGGAGGGCUGGUUACUGGAGGGGUGAUGGGCAGUGGGGGGGUGCAGCCCCAAACACACCAAGCAGGGGCUGGGAGAGCCCUGGGAGGUUCCUUAGGGGCUCUGCCAGGCCCCACACCGCCCCACCCCACCCCCUCUCUGACCAUCCCUGAGUGAGGUUAACCCUCUGAACGAGGGGGCUGAAGGAUUCCUGCAGGGCCAUCAGCCCUAGAUUGGCCCCGCCAGGCUCCUCCUGCUCCAAGCCCACCUGCGCAUCUGCCCUGCAAUGGAGUUGUGGCCGUUUGGGCCCUGGAGAAGCCUGGGCCCGGGGGGGGAGGGCAGCAGGGCCCUGGGGACCCAUGCCUCUCAGAGGAGCCCAGAGCAGCAGGACAGGCUUUUUGGGGGGCUGUGAGUCUGUGGAGGUGGUGGUGUGGGGGCUGGGGCGGGGCACUGCUCUGCAUGUGCCCUGGCUGGGUGUCUGCACUCCCAGCAGCAGGACUCCAAUGCGGGGCCGGAAAGCAGCCCCGUCAGGCCUUCUGUUGUGCCCGGGCUCACAAUGGAAAGUGCUGGGUUCAGCGGCUGUGCAUGGGGCCUGACAGAGGUUUCCAGUUCAUUGACUACAUUGCAAUAUGUGAUGACUGCGAGCAUCAGGGCAGACACUGAUGAGCUAGCACUUCCAUUGUGCACCGGCCCGGGGGUCUGUCCUUGCCAGGCUAUAAAGUGGGGGCUUCACUGGACCCCAAAACACAUUCCCAUUCAUUCCACCGAGAAGCAGCAGCUGCCCAGCUGACCACAGCCAUGGCGGAGACCAUGAAAACUGCUGCUGCCAGCCAGGCUGCUGAUGACAAGGAGAAGGGAGCUCUGGCCCCAGCCCCAUAUCCAGACCACACUCCUGUUUCGAACACGAAGGCUGAGCAACCUUCCAAGCAAGCUUUCAGGAUCAUCAUCUUUGAGCAGGAGAAUUUCCAGGGCAGGAAGAUGGAGUUCACAAACGAGUGCCUGAACCUAGGCGACCGUGGGUUCGACCGGGUGCGCAGCGUCAUUGUCAGCACUGGCCCCUGGGUGGCCUUUGAGCAGUCCAACCUGCGCGGAGAGAUGUUCAUCCUGGAGCAGGGCGAGUAUCCUCGCUGGGAUACCUGGUCCAGCAGCUACAGGAGCGACUGCUUCAGGUCCAUGCGUCCCAUCAAGAUGGUGGCUGAUGGCUAUAAAAUCUCCCUCUUUGAAUCUGCUGACUUCAAGGGCAACAAGAUGGAAAUCCAGGAAGAUGACGUGCCCAGCCUCUGGGCUCACGGCUUCUGUGACCGGGUGGGAAGUGUGAAAGUGUCCAGUGGAACCUGGGUUGGAUACCAGUAUCCUGGCUACCGAGGCUACCAAUAUCUCUUUGAGAGAGGAGACUUCAGACACUGGAAUGAAUGGUCGGCCUUCCAGCCCCAGGUCCAGUCUAUCCGUCGCAUCAGGGACAUGCAGUGGGAUCAGAAAGGCUGCUUCACCGGUCCUGAUGCUCCUUCGAAGUGAGCGUGCUCCCUGCUAGCUAGCAAUCCUGGGCCACGUAGCACCUCGACACCCCUGCUACUUUCCGUGAACAGCCCCCAUCUCGCCUCUCUCUUGCAUCCCCUUUCUCGGCACUUUCCUUGUAUAUUGCACAUUUAUUGGAUGUCCUGUACAUUGUGAUGCAAAAUCAAUCAAUACAAAAAAUCAGACAACUA